AUGACCGUGGCAACUCUUAGAAGAAAAACGUUUAAUUCGGGUGACUCGCUUACAGUUUCAGAGGUCCAUAAUUAUCAUUAUGAUGGGGAGAAUGACGACGGUCUGCAGGCAGACGAUGUGCUGGAGAAGAAAGGUGUCUUUCCACACCCGACCCUCCUGAGACCGGCCUGGGGUGCUAAAGAGUGUCCAAUAGGUGGCAGCAGAGAGCCAGUCAGUGGCCUGGGAGAUCAGCGAUCACCACUAGCUGGAUCACCGGACGUAACUCCGAGGGUUAGACUGAAGUUGCUGCCUCCAGAUCUGAAGAUACCGCAGGUUCGCAUCCCUCCCAACUUUUAUACAGAUCUCCGGACACAGACUGGUCGGGGUGUUCUGUGCUCUGAGUCCACACAAUGCCACGGGAAGAGGCUCACUUCGGUUACUCCAGGAAGGGCCACGGCCACUCUUACGUCACCGCUGAAGAAACCCCUGCAGAUCUGCUCCCCUUGUAGAAAGAGUUUCUGGAAAAUCUUACGUAAACUACACAGAGUCAAACAGCAAACAAGGGCUGCAGGGAUUGGCAUCCUGACUGUGGUUCUGGGAAUUGCUCUGCUCAUCGGCUGCUGGUAUUAUAGAAGAAGAAGUGGAUACCAAACCUUGACCGAAAAAAGGCUACAUGCUGGUACUCAAAGUAUCCUGAAGGGAAGAUGCCCGAGUGAACAAUACUCACGUGAUGGUCUUGGUCAUCAGGACAGUCCACUGGCUUUUCAAGAAAAAACCCAUCAGCCUGUGGUUCCCAACGCUCCACCUGCCUAUGAGAAGCUCUCUUCAGACCGGUCGCCACCACCAUAUGCACCCUGAGCGCCAGCAAGGGGCCAAGAAUGCUGAGAUGAUUCCCCUCACACUUUUGCUUUAAGGCUGGUAGACAACCGUGCUUUUCUUUAGAAUGCUACAUAAUGUGCGUCUCUACUAACAGGCCAGUGUUACGUUCUUGUUAUGGCAACCAGAGAAAUAGUGAGGAAUGGUGAGAAAUAUGAACCUGGGAAACGCUUCAAUAAACAUUUUAAUGCAUA